UCUCUCUCUCUCGCCAUCUCUCGCUCUGUGAUCCCACCACUACUGUUCAGCAAGCUCUGGAAUCUGGCUUUGGUUCAGCAAGAGCUCUGAUUUACAGGAAAGCAACACCAUGGAAGAUCAAACCCUGGAAACCGUCUUGGAGAAAUGCGAUGUUGUUUCAGUUCAUGACCAAGCCCAAGAAAAUAACGAUAACGGGAAUGACGAUAGUUCUUCAAAUCAAAUUUGUGAAAUCUCAUCGGGUCAGGAACGGAACCUUCCCAUUUUGCAAAGGAUUGAUGCUUUAAGUACCAAAAUUCAGAACUUGAAGAGGGAGCAUGGAGUUCUAUCUGGUGAAGUAAAGGGCAUUGUGACAGAAUCCUUUCCUGGCUCCGAGGUUUUGUCUGCUCUUCAGUCUCUAGGUACUGAACAUGAAACUCUGAAGAAGAAAUAUCUUGAGGAAUACUCUGAGCGCAAGCGGCUCUACAAUGAAGUAAUUGAGCUUAAAGGAAACAUAAGAGUCUUCUGUAGAUGCAGACCUCUAAAUCAAGAUGAGAUUGAAAGUGGUUUGUCUUCCGUGGUAGAUUUUAACCCAUGUCAAGAUUCUGAGCUACAGAUUAAUUGCUCUGAUUCAUCCAGAAAACAAUUCAAGUUCGACCAUGUCUUUGGUCCUCAUGAAAACCAAGAGGCAAUUUUUGCACAGACAUCACCUGUGGUGACUUCAGUUCUGGAUGGGUUCAAUGUCUGCAUUUUUGCUUAUGGGCAGACAGGAACUGGGAAAACAUUUACCAUGGAAGGAACACCUGAAAACAGAGGAGUUAAUUAUAGGGCAUUAGAGCAGUUGUUUCGGAUUUCUGAGCGAAGAAGCAGUACCAUGAGAUAUGAUUUGUUUGUAAGCAUGCUAGAAGUUUACAAUGAGAAGAUAAGGGAUCUUCUUGCAGAGAAUUCCAACCAACCUAUGAAGAAGUUGGAGAUAAAGCAAGCAGCAGAGGGAACACAGGAAGUCCCUGGGCUUUUCGAAGCUCGAGUUUAUCGCACAGAUGAAGUGUGGGAACUUUUAAAGACUGGAAGCCAAAUCCGUUCUGUUGGAUCAACUAAUGCUAAUGAGCUCAGCAGCCGCUCACACUGUUUGUUGCGAGUAACUGUUAGGGGAGAGAAUUUGGUAAAUGGACAAAAGACCAGAAGCCACCUCUGGCUGGUUGACUUGGCUGGAAGUGAGCGAGUUGGGAGGAUUGAAGUUGAGGGUGAAAGGUUGAAGGAGUCUCAAUUCAUUAACAAGUCUCUCUCAGCACUCGGCGAUGUUAUCUCUGCUCUGGCAAACAAGACAGCCCACAUACCUUAUAGGAACUCAAAGCUCACCCAUUUGCUGCAGAGCUCUCUAGGAGGAGACUGCAAGACACUCAUGUUUGUUCAAAUUAGCCCAAGUGCUGCAGACUUGGGAGAGACCCUAUGCUCACUUAACUUUGCUAGCCGAGUCCGAGGCAUUGAGCAUGGCCCUGCCCGUAAACAAGCCGACCCCACUGAACUUCUCAAGUACAAACAGAUGGCCGAGAAGCUAAGACAGGAUGAGAAGGAAACAAAGAAAUUACAGGAUAGCUUACAGUCACUGCAGUUGAGGUCCGCAGCCCGGGAACAACUUUGCAGAAGCCUUCAGGAAAAGGUUCGGGAUCUUGAAAGGCAACUAGCAGAAGAGAGGAAAACUAGACUUCAGCAAGAAAAUAGAAUUUCUGUUCCAUCUGCAUUGACACUUCAACUAGGUGAGAGGAACACAAGGGAGAAAAAACCACCACUGGCUCCCUCAAAGAUGAGACCGCCACUAAGAGGAAUCACCAACAUUUUGCCUCAGUCUCCAGCUCCACCCAGGAAAUAUAACAUUGUUACAUCAAACUCAGUGGAGGACAAAGAGUCUAAGACAAUAACUAACACAAAGACUCUAAUGAGACCAAGAAGGAUCUCAAUUGCCGCUAUUCGAGCUCCCGCUUCGGUAACUACCCAAGUUCAUCAACCCAAGAGACGGGUGUCUAUUGCAACGAUUCGCCCUGAUUCGAUGAUGACACCAGCCACCACUUCCAAUAAGAUGGGCCGGCUUUCAUUUGUAAGGGAUCCACAGAAGAAUCGGAGGGUCUCUAGGAUAUUCUCACCAUUGCCAGAACUUAGAACUGCGUCUGUGGAGGCAACACCAGUUGGUACCAGGAGGAAAUUCUUAGGCAGUCCACCAAUGCAGGUUGCCUCAUGGAAGCCAAAGCAUCCUACAGUGUUAGCUUUACAAAGGAGACACUUUGUGUGGAGCCCACUCAAGCAGAAAGGCCUGAAGAAUGAAAGAAAGUCAUUCUUAUAGCAAGAGAUUUGAGUUUCAGGUGAACCAUCUGUUCAUCACGUCAAAGGCAGAGCCCGAAUUGCCCCCAUUCUUUUGGGUCCAAUCUUCAUCUUAUGAUUGUUAUUGUUCUGUCUGAGUUGUCCAUGUAAAGAGGUUGAAAAACUGAGCUGAUCCUUGGUGGAAA